AUGCGUGGUGGCUGCUUUCUACCAGAUACUCUCGUUAUGCUCGCUGACAAAAGUCAAGUACCAAUCUAUUCCAUUCAACCUGGCGAUAACUUGCUUUCGUUCACAGGCACAGGCGAAAUCGUCACGACUGUGGUUCAGGAAGUGUUCUCUCGAACUGUUGAUAAUUUUAUCGAGUUACACGUCUAUGAAAAUACAACAAUAUUGGUCACACCCGAUCAUUUGAUUUUUACAGGCAACAAUUCAUUUACUCCGCUGCGAAAGUUAAGUGUCGAUGAUACUGUCUUUGUCUUAUCAGAAAUGGACAACAGCCUGAAAACAGUACCUAUUAAGAGUUUCAAAUCUGUUACUGCUCUAUCGACAUGUGUUUACAAUUUGCACACUGCUGAGCCGCAUACAUACUUUGCAAAUGGUAUUGCUGUGCACAACAUGUCUGGUGAUAUGGGUGCUGUCUUCGUUGACGUUUAG